UAUAAGGGCUGCGUGUGGGGCCCAGGAGCCAGGGCACUGUGCAGACUCUCAGGAGGGUCCCCGCUCAACUGGCAAGUUAAACGCACGCCACAUCUACACAGUGCGCCAGGGGCUGCUGCGGAGGACGGUGGUCCCGGUCCCACUUGGAGGCUGGGCAGACAUGGGGAUCCUCCUUUGCCUGCCCCUGGCCCUGCUCCUGCUCGGGGCGGUUUCUGCUCUCCACCUGGAGAACACGGUUCCGGCUCUGCAGAGCCCAGAGGUGGAGCUGGGCUGGGGUCUGGGUGGCGCCCAGGAGCAGGAGGCGAUGCUGACGGCGGGAGACAAGGCCAAGGCUCUGGGGCGCCAGGACGCGUCUGAGGACAAGGAGGACGGCGAGGAGGCCGCAGAGUCAGACGCAGCUGCCCUAGACAAAGACUUGCCGUGCCCUGGGGAGGAGGACACCAUUCCAAUCCAGCAGGAUCCCGGCUGCCAGACCUGCCGCUACCUGCUGGUGCAGACUCCCGAGAGGUUUAGUCGAGCCCAGAACAUCUGCAAGAGAUGCUACGGAGGCAACCUGGUCUCCAUUCACAACUAUAGUGCCAACUCUCGCAUCCUCCUGCUGGCCAGCAAGAUCAACCAGGCCCAGGUCUGGAUUGGAGGCAUCCUCAAGGGCUGGUUCCUGUGGAAGAAGUUUCGCUGGACGGACUGCAGCAGCUGGGAUUUUGGAUACUGGGCCCUCGGGCAGCCGCAGAAUGGGAAGGGCCGCUGCGUGGCGCUGUGCACCAAAGGGGGCCACUGGCGACGCGCCCGGUGCUGCCGGCGCCUGCCCUUCGUCUGCUCCUACUAGAUCCUGCCCGACAGGGAGCCUCCUGCCUCGGCCUCCUGGCACCGGGCUCGGACCAUAAACCCAAGCUU